GGGGGACCGCGAGUCAGUCAGGGAGCCGAGCUGAGCCGGGACUAGCGGCGGCGCCGGCCGAGGAGGCUCCGCGAUUAAGGGUGCCCCCCCGGGCACCGGGGGAGGCGAGCGGCGCCCGCACGGCCCCCGGGGCAGCGGCGCGGCCGGAGGAAGGCAGACGAGUGGGCGGCCGGCGGCCACUUCGCACCCUCUUCCCUGCCCUUAAGAGCGGAGAGAGGGCGAGGAGGGAAGAACAGCCCGCAGGGCACCAAGUGCGGGAGUCCGGCUUCCCCCCUCCUCGCCUGCCCCACUGGACUGGAGGGGGGCGAGAGGGGCUCUUCCUACUUUGGCAAACACUUUGGCACUUUGCUGGAUUCGGAGGAGGAAGGGCUGGAAAUAUGGGGAAAGUUGGAACUUGCCUGGUUACUUUGGCCGGACUUUUGCUGGCAGCGGGAGCGCAGACGUUCACAGGGUGCUGCACUUUUGAUGAGCCUCUCAGUUCCUGUGGCUACAGUCAGUCAGAUGAUGAUGAUCUCAACUGGGAUCAGGUGAAUGCGCCGAUGAAGCCGUCCUCGGGUCAAGGGAUGCCAUCGGGUUCUUUCAUGUUGGUGAAUACAUCUGGAAGAUUUUCAGGACAGAAAGCUCACCUCCUGAUGCCCCAUCUGAAAGAAAAUGAUACACAUUGUAUUGAUUUUCACUAUUAUGUUUCAAGCAAAAGUGGAGCUAGCCCUGGCAUUUUGAAUGUAUAUGUGAAGGUUAAUGAUGGUCCUAUUGGUAACCCAGUCUGGAACACAUCUAUCACUGCCACUUGGAGCAGAGCAGAACUGGCAAUUAGUACUUUCUGGCCCAAUUUUUAUCAGGUUGUUUUUGAAGUGGUUACUUCAGGUCACUCUGGAUAUGUGGCUAUUGAUGAAGUGAAAGUUCUAGGACAUCCAUGUACAAAAACUCCCCAUUUCUUGCGUCUUCAGAGUGUGGAAGUCAAUGCAGGACAGUUUGCUACUUUUCAAUGCACUGCUAAUGGUGGAACAGACUCAGGUGACAGACUCUGGUUACAGGGUAUUUAUGUACGGGAUGCACCUUUGAAGGACAUAAAAGUGUUCAAUGCCCGACGAUUUGUGGCUCUUUUUAGUGUGGUGAAUGCCACGAAGCGGGACGCUGGCAACUAUCGCUGCAUGAUCCGGACGGAAGGAGGAGUUGGUGUAUCCAACUAUGCAGAACUGAUAGUCAAAGAGCCACCAGUUCCUAUUGCUCCACCUCAGCUGUCCUCAGUUGGUGCAACCUACCUCUGGAUACAGCUGAAUGCCAAUUCCAUCAAUGGGGACGGACCUAUUAUCCAAAGAGAAGUUGAGUAUCGAACUUCAAGUGGGAGCUGGUACGACAUACAACCCGUGGACUCCACAAGCUAUAAGAUUGGGCACCUGGAUCCUGAUACAGAAUAUGAAAUCAGUGUGUUACUUACAAGACCAGGUGAAGGAGGAACAGGAUCUCCUGGCCCAGCUCUGAAAACAAGAACUAAGUGUGCUGAUCCGAUGCGUGGGCCCCGAAGACUGGAGGUUGUGGAGAUCAAAUCUAGACAGAUCACUAUUUGCUGGGAGCCCUUUGGAUAUAAUGUCACACGUUGCCAUCGCUACAACCUCACAGUCCAUUACCGCUACCAGGCUGGAGGACAGGAGCAAGUGAGGGAGGAAGUCAGCUGGGAUACAGAAAGUUCACAUCCCCAGCACACAAUUACCAACCUAUCACCAUACACAAAUGUCAGCAUCAAAUUAGUAUUAAUGAAUCCUGAAGGACGGAAAGAAAGCCAAGAACUUGUCGUGCAAACUGAUGAAGAUGUCCCGAGUGCUGUGCCACUUGAAUCCAUUCAAGGAAGUACCUUUGAAGAGAAGAUUUUUCUUCAGUGGAGGGAGCCAGCGCAAACAUAUGGUGUGAUUACUUUGUAUGAGAUCACCUACAAGGCUGUCAGUUCCUUUGACCCAGAAAUAGAUUUAUCCAAUCAAAGUGGACGAGUCUCAAAGCUAGGAAAUGAAACGCACUAUCUCUUUUUCGGACUGUAUCCUGGCACUACCUACUCUUUCACCAUCAGAGCCAGCACAGCUAAAGGCUUCGGACCGCCAAUAACAAAUCAGUUCACUACUAAGAUAUCAGCACCCUCUAUGCCACCGUAUGAACUUGAAACACCUUUGAAUCAAACUGACAGCACUGUGACAGUCUUGCUGAAACCUGCACAGAGCAGAGGCGCUCCUGUCAGUGUCUAUCAAAUCGUUGUUGAGGAAGAGCGCCCACGGAGAACCAAAAAGGCAACUGAAAUCCUAAAGUGCUACCCAGUGCCCAUUCAUUUCCAGAAUGCCUCACUCUUGAAUUCCCAGUACUACUUUGCAGCAGAGAUUCCAGCCAAUGGUUUAGUAGCUGCUCAGCCUUUUACUAUUGGUGAUAACAAAACCUACAGUGGUUUCUGGAAUACUCCUCUUCUUCCUCAUAAGAGCUACAGCAUCUAUUUCCAAGCUGCCAGCAGAGCCAAUGGGGAAACUAAAAUUGACUGCGUCAGGGUAGCCACAAAAGCUGCGAUAAUCGUGACUCAGCUUACAACACCAUACAUUCGCAUCGCCCCUGCUGCAGGCGACGACCAGCUAACAGGGGCUGCCACUCGAAAACCAGACCCAGAGCCUGAGAAGCAGACAGACCAUACUGUUAAAAUUGCUGGAGUCAUUGCAGGCAUCUUGCUGUUCGUCAUUAUAUUUCUGGGAGUCGUGCUGGUAAUGAAGAAAAGAAAAUUGGCUAAAAAGAGGAAAGAGACAUUGAGUAGUACUCGGCAGGAAAUGACAGUGAUGGUGAAUUCAAUGGAUAAAAGCUACACUGAGCAAGGCACCAACUGUGAUGAAGCUUUCUCUUUCAUGGACACGCACAAUCUAAAUGGGAGAUCUGUAUCUUCACCAUCUUCAUUUACAAUGAAAACUAACACACUGAGCACAACCGUGCCUAAUUCUUAUUACCCAGAUCCAUUUGUGCCAACUGCAAUUUUAGUGCCAAUCAAUGAUGAAACCCACACGAUGGUCAGUGACACAAGCAGCCUGGUCCAAUCCCAUACCUAUAAGAAGCGAGAUCCAGUGGAUGUGCCCUACCAGACCGGACAGCUGCAUCCAGCCAUCCGUGUAGCUGACUUGCUGCAGCACAUCACCCAGAUGAAGUGUGCAGAAGGCUAUGGAUUUAAAGAGGAGUAUGAAAGUUUCUUUGAAGGACAGUCUGCACCAUGGGACUCAGCUAAGAAAGAUGAGAACAGAAUGAAAAAUAGAUAUGGGAAUAUCAUUGCAUAUGAUCAUUCUCGAGUGAGAUUGCAGCCUAUUGAAGGGGAAACAAGUUCCGAUUACAUCAAUGGGAAUUAUAUUGAUGGUUAUCAUAGACCAAAUCACUACAUUGCUACACAAGGACCAAUGCAGGAGACAAUAUAUGACUUCUGGAGAAUGGUAUGGCAUGAAAACACAGCAAGCAUAAUCAUGGUUACUAAUCUCGUAGAAGUGGGAAGGGUCAAAUGCUGCAAAUACUGGCCAGAUGACACAGAGAUAUAUAAAGACAUUAAAGUUACACUAAUAGAAACGGAGCUGCUGGCUGAAUAUGUGAUUCGAACAUUUGCUGUAGAAAAGAGAGGUGCUCAUGAGAUUCGGGAAAUACGCCAGUUCCACUUCACGGGCUGGCCAGACCAUGGUGUCCCAUACCAUGCCACGGGCCUGCUGGGCUUUGUACGACAGGUCAAAUCCAAGAGUCCACCAAAUGCUGGGCCUCUGGUUGUUCACUGCAGUGCUGGUGCUGGAAGAACUGGAUGCUUCAUUGUCAUCGACAUCAUGCUAGAUAUGGCAGAACGAGAAGGCGUUGUAGACAUCUAUAAUUGCGUGAGAGAGCUUCGAUCCCGGAGAGUUAACAUGGUGCAGACUGAGGAACAAUAUGUAUUCAUCCAUGAUGCUAUCCUGGAAGCCUGUCUUUGCGGGGACACAUCUAUUCCAGCUUCUCAAGUUAGGUCUGCUUACUAUGAAAUGAAUAAACUAGAUCCUCAAACAAACUCGAGCCAGAUCAAAGAGGAAUUUAGGACUUUAAAUAUGGUGACUCCAACACUGCGUGUUGAAGAUUGCAGCAUCGCUCUUUUGCCACGAAACCACGAAAAGAAUCGCUGUAUGGAUGUGCUGCCUCCAGACAGAUGCCUGCCUUUCCUCAUCACGAUAGAUGGGGAAAGCAGUAACUACAUCAAUGCUGCACUGAUGGAUAGCUACAAGCAACCAUCAGCUUUUAUAGUUACACAGCAUCCCUUACCAAAUACUGUCAAAGAUUUCUGGAGGCUGGUCCUAGAUUAUCACUGCACUUCAGUAGUUAUGUUGAAUGAUGUGGAUCCUGCACAACUCUGUCCUCAGUACUGGCCAGAAAAUGGAGUCCAUCGGCAUGGUCCUAUUCAGGUGGAGUUUGUAUCGGCUGACUUAGAAGAAGACAUCAUCAGCCGGAUAUUCCGAAUUUAUAAUGCAGCCAGACCCCAGGACGGCUAUCGGAUGGUGCAGCAGUUCCAGUUCCUGGGAUGGCCCAUGUACAGGGACACUCCGGUUUCUAAACGCUCCUUCUUGAAGCUCAUCCGUCAGGUGGACAAGUGGCAGGAGGAAUACAACGGGGGAGAGGGACGCACAGUCGUACAUUGCUUGAAUGGAGGUGGCCGCAGUGGGACAUUUUGUGCAAUCAGUAUUGUUUGUGAAAUGCUUCGACAUCAGAAGGCUGUUGACGUAUUCCAUGCUGUGAAGACACUGAGGAAUAAUAAGCCUAACAUGGUGGACCUUCUGGAUCAAUACAAAUUCUGCUACGAAGUGGCUUUAGAAUACUUGAAUUCUGGCUGAUUGUCUAGACAGCACAGACAAAGCUCCUCCUUUCACUACCACAAACAAAGCAAGUCACUUCAUGAUGUCUGUGUAAAUGAGAUGAAGACUUCUCAGUGUUAUGCUUCUACUGCUUUGUAUAAUUGGCUCUUUUUAAGAGCCCCAAAAGAUGUUUAUAAAACCGCUUGCACUGCCCGAUUGCCACUCAGAAGCUGCUGCUUGGCACCCCUGUGAGCCUACACCAAACCACGUGGCAGUCCUUGAACACCGUAUUCAUGCUGAGCUGUGGGAGACACCCUGGGGAAAAUAGCUCAGGAAUGCCCUGGGAGAGCACAGUCGUUUAAGUGGGCAAAGCAUUUUCCCAGAGAUCCCUGCGCUCCCAUGCAAAUGAGUUCAUGCCAGUCAUCUGUUGUACUCUCCCCCAUUCUAGAAAGCUCUUUGUUCUCAGUUCCCCCAUUGGGUCCCUCAGAAAACUGCUCCUUCUCUUCUCCCUCGUUGGUCCAGUUCACAUCACCCCAUUCCAGCUCCUCCUCCAAACCCUUCCCCCGCUGGACUGUUUGUACCCUGGUCCCUCCUAUCCUUCCCCAGUUAUAUUCCCUGGUCCCUCUUCCGACAGCCGCUGUCAGUGCCCUCACACUUCACGUGUGGUUGUCCUCCUGCUCCCUUCCUGUUUCCUUCAACCCUCAGACUUCCCUCCUAUAAACCCUCGUGCAUUCUACAGCCUGAGAGUCCUCUCGUCCUUGGUGGAGUUUACAUUACACGGUCUGGGCGACCAUCGACUGGCCAGCAGUGGGUCACCCUGCGGGACUCAGUCCAGGGCAGCCCACACUCAGCCAUCGAUGUGGUGAAGCAGCAUAGUUCUUUGGUAAAUAAGAGAGCACAAUUAUAUUCUUAUGAAGGAAUUUGUACUUUUUCUGUUACAUUUUGUUGCCUGUGAUUCUCAGUUCUUGUCACAGCCUAGUGUACAUUUCUGUUCUGUGGAGAAUGCUGUCUGGCAUUUUGAUAAUAUAUGAUUUUAGUUAUAUUUGUAUUCUAACACAUGCAUAAUAAACAAAUCAUAUGUAGCUUAUCUGAACUAACAGAAAGACAUGUACCAAAUCAUGAUAACUUUGUUGAGUUGUAAUUUCUAUCCACUUUGUACCAUUUCAUAGAGAGGAUUUUGAUAGGAAUGCAUUAAAAAAUACAAAAGACAGGAUGCUCAGAUUAAUAUAUCCAAAGCUUUUUCAUUUGUUGAUAUUGUAAAUAUUUUUUGAUUUCAUCAAAUUAUUUAUUCAUUAAAAUGAUUUUUUUUGGUGAAGCACAGUGAGUGACAAUCAUUUUUAUUAGGCCCUGGAAAUGCUUACUGUAUGAUAGUGUAAACAUUUGUUUAUCUUGUAUGGAUUCUCAGCUCAAUAAAUAAUUACAUACCUGA